AUGUCGGGCUGGGAUGGGAACCUGAUCCUGCUAGACACAGCGUCGUCGGGAUUGUUCAGAGCUAGCCUAUUUGCACCAUGCAAAGUAAGCGAUUCGUCUUGUCUAGAGCUAACGGUAAAUGCUGCACUACCUCGGAUACUUACUGGUAUACCAGAACUCGGAGUGGACAGCGCUGAUCCUCAAUUCAAUGAUGUUAUUGAAGUAAAGUUGCCUACAUUAAAAUUGCUACUGUUCAACAGUACUCUUACUGGAUUUAAAGAUUGUAGACUAUCAAAUAUAACAUUCAACGAGGACAUGACAAGCGUGCACUGCAACGCUUAUUGCCCUUCAUUUAAUCUACAUGGUCAGUACGAUAUGAUCGGACAACUUAUCUCAUUACCUAUUCAAGGAAAUGGAGAUUUUUCAUUUCAUACAGGAUUAUUUCUUGUGACCGUUGAUACUCAACUAGAAAAAAAUAAAGGGAACGAUGGAAAAACUCAUUUUUUAAUAAAAAAAUUCAAAGUGAAUAGUGUACCAACAAAACCUAUUACAUAUGAAUUUACAAACUUGUUCAACGGUAAAAAAGAACUAGCGGAUGCCAUUCACAAGUUUGCUAAUGACAACUGGCUAAAAAUCACAAGCUUAAUCCAAUACCCUAUUUGGUAUAAAUCUCUUGAUACACUAUCAAAAAGUGUCAACAAAUACCUAGAAUACGUCGCAGUGGAAGAUUCCCUAAUUUAG